AUGGCGCUGUUGGCUGCGGGCGCCGCAGCAGCGGCAACAAGUAUCGGUAUGUACCUUGACGCCAAAUACUCGAUCCGGAGCGAUCUUGCUCAGCUUCGUGGGUCGAGAACACUGCAGAAGUACGUUGAGGACAUGUACAAAGAGCAUGGUGAAGAUGACUGGUCGUUUUACCAUGUCCUUCACUCGACAUACGCUGAAAAUCAUCAUACCGACAAGGAGGCUUUUGUUUUCGAGGACCGGUCCUGGACCUACCGUCAGCUCCGGGAAGAGAUCGGUCGACUCGCCGAAGCUUUCGAAAGCCUAGGCAUCCGGAAUAGAACCGUUGUCGGUAUGUUUGUCAACAACUCACCUGAGUUUCUGAUGGCGUGGUGGGUGCUGUAUAAGAUUGGAGCCAUCAGUGCGCCUAUUAACACAGCCAUCACGGGCACGCAUAUCAAACACUGUUUGAAGAUCUGCGAAGCGGAGUUCUGCAUCACCACGCACGAGUUGUCUGAAACGCUCCUCAAAGCGUUACUGCAACGUUCAGACCAGGAUGUUGACACUGCACAAGAGUUGCCCCAUCUGCGCGCGGUGUUGUUGUACGAUUACAAUACCUAUCCAGCACCCAGAGACAACCUGCAGGGAGUAGUGCUCGUGAAGCAUGAUGAUCUGCCUGCGGUAACGCCAGAGAUGGCGGAUUUUCCGAAGUCAAAAAGACCCAAGGUUGGUCCGACCGAUGCGGCCCAGUAUCUCUUUACGUCCGGGACCACCGGAAUGCCAAAGGGAUUGAUUUGGCCGUUAGGUUAUAAUCGCCUCUCUGCAUGCUCGAAGAGAUGGCCAGGAAUGCAGGGAAAACAUAGGCGGUGGUAUAUUUGCCUACCCAUGUUCCAUGGCACGGCCUCAUUUGCGGCUCUCCCAGGAGCAUUAUCCGCUUCAGGCACUGUUAUCCUGGCACGGCGGUUUUCACGGCGUGAGUUUUGGGCAGACAUUUGCCGAUCGCAGGCGAAUGCAAUCCUGUAUAUUGGCGAGAUGUUUCGCUAUCUGGUACAGGCUCCUCCCGAUCCUCGGUUCCCAGAUGAGAGGAAUCAUGCUGUCGACCUCGCAUUUGGGCUUGGCCUGGCUCCUGGCGUGUGGCGUGCAGUCAGAGACAGGUUUGGCAUACCCUGGAUCGUUGAAUACUACUCCGCGAGCGAGGCCACCAUUUCCCUCGUGAACUCGAACAAGAACGAUCUCGGCGUGGGUAAAGUUGCGCGCUAUGGCGCAUUAAUGAGAAGCAAGUGGUUUGGUCAAAGUACUUUCGCAAUUGUCCGGGCCGAUUUUGAGACUGGGGAAGUGGUGAGAGAUCCUCGGACAGGGUUUUGCAUAAAGACCAAGCCAGGGGAAGUGGGCGAGGCGAUCUGUAAAAUUGCGCCUCCGAUCCAAAGAAAGCAUGAUUACAUCGGAACAGGAGGAGAAGAGGCCACAGACAAGAAAACACUGAGAGACGUCUUUGAGAAGGGCGACGAAUAUACAAGGAUUGGGGACGCUUUGGUCAUGGAUGAAGACGGGUUUAUCUCCUUCCGAGAUCGUCUUGGGGACACUUAUCGAGCAAAGGGACAUAAUAUUUCCACGACCGAGGUGGAGGCGUGGCUCAGUCGACAUCCACAGAUUGCCUCCGUGAACGUGUAUGCUAUCCCAAUGAACCGGUACGGGUACGAUGGGCAGUUGGGAUGCGCAGCUAUUACACUGCAAAACGUGUCCGCUGACCAGCUCGACCGAGCGUACCGCGACACCAUAUCACAGUUGGAGGAUUGGCUCCAGACGUCCGAAAGUGCUCUGCCCCGAUACGCGGUGCCGCGGUUCGUGAGGGUCCUUGUCAACGAUGGUGCUGCGCCGGACUCCGGCGGUAUGAGCGGUGACAGUGGUAGUGAGAGAGUGUCGGCGAUCAUGAAGAAGUUGAAGACGGGUCUUCGCAAAGACGGUUUUCUGAUCCCGGAAGGUAACCCAGACCGAAUGUACUGGAUCGAGAAGGAAGGAGACGGAUACAUACCUCUCACACCUGUGGCGAUCCAACGUCUUCUUUCUGGCAAGGCUCAAUUAUGA